AUGCCAGUGACCAUGGAUGGAAGCCCCAACACAGCGCUGAUGUCAGCCUUGGCUACAGUAUGCAAUGGUUUGCGCAGGCGCAUGGGGAACUAUGGGCAGAUCCAGGCUGUGCUUAUCCACUUCUGUGAUGUGGUUGAGGGUUUAAAUGCCCAAGCCAACUCCCUGAGAGCUCAGUUGUGUGACAGCCACUUUGCUAAUCAGGAAAUGGAGAAUUACCUCUUGUCUCUGAAAAGCAGCACAGCGUUUCCUUGGCUGAGCUCCAGUUCCAGUUCAUGGGAUGCAGAUAUAAUCUUACCCUUCUUGUUUGGAUUAGUGCUCUUUUUCCUAUACCUCCUUUUCCUUAAAAACCACUCACCGAAUCCACCACCUGAGAAAAAUAAAAACAUCAAAAAGUGUCAAAAGAAGCUAAAAUCUAGGAAAAAGACCCAGAAGAAAGGUUUAAGGACUUGUAGAGAUUCCCUGCAUGACUCAGAAGAUAUUAAAGACUUGCCUUUAUUUAUACAAGGUCAACCAAAGAAGCUUCCUAAAGUGGAGAAAUUAUUUGAACUCUUAAAAUUACACCAAGAUGCCAAGGUAGUGCCUGCCAGAGCUUAUCAACCCCAUAGUAGACUACAUGUGGAAGUUACUCCUGCUUCAAACCCAAAACUAUCUCUUGAACUUCUGACUGAGCAACCACAACAACCCCUGGCCUCAACCAAGUCAAAAGUACCUCAAAAAGGUCAAUCCUAUUCAGAAAGAAUUACCCCAAGCUCUCUUUUAAAGAGCCUACCUCCAGGUAAUUCCUGUGUGACCUCUUUGGUUCCAUGCAGUUCAGGUCUCAGUGGCUCAAAGUUACCACUUUUAUUCAUUGCUAGCAACUUGUUUUCCCCCACCUCAUUGCAACAGACCAAGUCCCAGCAAAAGCCUCUACCCCACCACCAACUAGAGGCCUCCUUCUCAGAUGACUCCACUAAUAGAUGGGUAGAGACUACUAGCCCAUCCUUUCUCAACCCAGAGGUAAAAAAUCUGCUGGAGAUACUAAUUUGUAAGAAAGUAGCCCUGAAAACUUGGAAGGAUAAAGAAAAAGAGGGCUCAUUUCCAGCGCAGAUGACUAUAGACCACCAUAGACAUUCUGUGAGGGAUAUGUUGAAAUCAGUAGGUAUUGAGAAGUGCACUACAAUCCCCAUGAUCUGUUGGGAUAUACACAGAGCAGAAAAGGAGACCAAUUCUCAGUCAUCCUUUUAUCCAACAGUCCUGGGUGACCAUUUCCAACAAAAAUAUAGUCAGUUUUUCUGGGGUCUCCCCACUCUACACAGUGAGUCCAUUGUGACUACUGCCUUGGUCCCGAGGAGCAUAUCUCAACUGCAGGCUUCUUCUGUUCCGUUCAAUGGAAUCUUACAUGCAUAUCCAGUAGAAUGUCAACCUGUAACACCACCAGUUUCCAGAGCCCUGACCUUUCCUUACUCUGAGGAUGAAUUACAGUCUUUGUCUGGAAACUUUCCCCUGCCCAAGCCCGCACCUCUAACUCCAGUCCAGACUGAGGUGCUUCUCACACCCUCUCAAAUAAUCCACCCAUCUACUACUACACCUGAGGAUAGUUGCUCUGAAUUAUUUAGUCUUACAGUCCAUACCAGGACACAAUCCCUUGAUGUAAGUGAACAUUUGGAGUUAUCUUUAUCCCAGAUACAUCUAGAAAAGGAAGAGUCUUUACCCUCUAUGGACCAAAAUCCCUGUCAAGCCCCUCCUAAUCUCACCCAGAACAGCCAUGGGUUUGAGUCACUCCUUCAGGAGGACUUCACCAACCAUAGUGUCCCAAUAUAUUUCCCAAAGGGACCUAUAAGAUAUCAAGCUCAGGAAGGUCUUCCCCACAAGAUGCCACUUCAAAGUGAAUACCCAAGAGUAUGCCAAUCAAUUCAGGCACUACACAGAACUCCACGCUCUUCACGGGCCUCUGCAUAUUUACACCAAUACAUCCUGGAUGCACAAAAAGUAGCAUUCAGGUGUCCUAAGAGGUCCCAAAUGAAGGGUGGUAUUAUAUUAUUAAUAAGGAAACUUUUCAAGAAAGGCACAGAGCAAUAUUUGAGCAGAACCUCCCCAAACAUAUUCAGGGGCUUAGCCAAAUUCCCUCUAAAGGUUUGGGGGAUGAAUUCUAAAGACUUAAAAAAUUACCUGAUGAACACUGUAAACAGUCAAUCAAAAAAUUGCUUAUCUAGAGACCCACUCCCAAAACACCUAGAAAAUAUCUUCAACAUCCAUUUGGAUAAAAAAUCAGAGCAAAUUAGAAAAGGCUUCAUUCCUUUAAGUGUACGUAGAUCCUGGCUCAUAGUCAAUCAUGAUUUUUGCAAUAUGGAACCCAGAAAUCCAGUAUACAAAGAUAAGGAAAUUAACAGCCAUACUUUCCACAAGAGCUCCUCUAUAAGUGCAGAAACUAAACAGGAGUUGGAAACCCACCUAAUCAGGCUUCGGGUGAAGCAGCAAUGGGGCUUACACCUCCACUCCUUCAAGUCUACAAAUUACAAAUUAUGUGAGAUUCAACAUUCAUCCCUACCACAAUGUAGAGACCCUCCCACAUAUCGCUACACUGUCACCAGUGAAUCUAGAUUCCCCUCAAAAGUUAUAUCUGCUGAACACUUGGGAAAGUCUCCUCAGGGUCAUUUGGGAGAAAAGUGUAUCACAAAAAUGUUAGCUUUCAACACCAACCUAGUGAGUGAGUUCCCUGUGACCUCACUUGGGGGAAAAGGAACCAGAAAGACUUCAGAAAGGAAACCAAUAGCUGAUGACCAAAGGCCUUCAAAUAUCCUCAUGUCUAACCAAAAGCUAAAACCAUCUUCUCAGAUCUUCCCAUCUCCGAGGGUCAAAGAAUCUAUGAGAACUGAAGAGGACCCCGUCUGGAAAGCUAUCUUGGGUCCCAGUAUCUCCCAGACUUUGAAUAUGGAUCUGGUGGCUUCAGAGACUCUAGAACCCAAUAGCAUCUCUCUACCAUUUAAAAGGUCUAUUGUUAAUUUAAGUGAGUCAUACUUUAACAGAACAGUGGCUAAUGAGAACUUUGAGACUAAAGGGAGUAUAGUUUUCAAGAAAGAUUUUCAAGACAAUAGCAAGCAUGCAUUCUCUGAAAAUUCCCCUAUCCUUUGGGACUACACUACUGCUUUGAUUUUGCAAGACAGUGAUAUUAAUGUGCUUAUGCAAGACAGUCAUACAAAUGUUUGUCUGGCAGCAAAUAGUUUAGACCCUGAGGAGCCAUCGUCUAAUUCUGAUAAACAAAUUAGGGAGGAUAAACUAGCAAAGAAGAAUAAAGAAGAUGCUCGAUACUGGGCUUUCCUAGCCAGGAAUUUAAACAGCCCUGACCAGGUCAGAGGAGCAAGAAAUGCUUUUAGGAGCUUUCUGCUCCAGCCAAAAAAAGGACCCACAUGUCCUGAAAUCCAUCGAAAGAAAACGAUGAUACACUUUCUGGACUACUUUAACCUGAAUAAAAAAGUAAAUGGAAUGGAAAAGUCAUUUCCAAAAGACAAAUCUUCACUGAGUCCUAGUGGACUGGCUACACAUAGUCUAGCUGCUGAAGCAAAGGCAACUGCAACCAUGGUAGCUCGCAUACUUGCUGAGAAACUGGGGCUAAAGAGUGAGAUGACCUCUGCUCAAGUAAGUGCCUACCAUCCUUGCAGCUCUCCUAUCAACAGCAGCUGGACCACAAGCAGGGUUAUGCCAUUCAGGAAGUCAGGGACCCAGAGGGGAACCAGAGCCUGCCAGCAAGGACAGAGGGUGGCAGGGUCCUCUGAUCAUAUUGAUUACUCAACAUCCUGCUUUAGAAAAUGCACCUCAUGUGAUCGACACAAAUAUGCUUCUUCCACCUUCCUUUAUGAAAAUCUUAAUCAAGAGAAGAUCCAUUAUAUACAGAAAAAGUCUGAUUUUUCUCACAUUGAUACAUCUGUUAUUUGUUAAUAGGAUUUUUUUAACCACUAAA